AUCUAAAGUAGUAAUAGUACGGAAAGAUUUGGUUCUCAGUUUCGCUUCUUUUCUUACCCAUUUCUUUCCUUCUUUUAUUUCUUUCUCCUUUUAUGAAUUUCCGAGAAAAGCCAAGCUUUGUCGGCUUACUGGCCCUCGCUUCUGAAAAUUCGUUAUGCCCAAGACGGCGCCCAUGUUCUAAAUCCGUCUAGGCUCUCCCAUGGCGGUGAAUCUCAUUCUUUUCCUCUGAUUGCUGUGAGAUCCGCAUCUGGGUAGUGGUGCGAUUCACUAUUUCAGUUUUGGGUUUUGUCCAGCCAUCUCAGAUACGUACUUGGUUGAUCGAGAGAGAGCCCCAUGUGAUUUGAAUCAUGAUAUAUGCUCCCUUUUUUUUUUUAUCUGAAUCUGGGUAUUAAAAUCUUUGCGUCACUGCUUUUUAUUUCUUUGAAUUAUGUGAACUCUCAAUCUGGGUUAGGAUAAUUUUUGAGUGUUGAUUGGUUUUAUAUGCUAAAAUCAAAUGGGGUACCCAUUGGGAUGAUUCCAUCUUUGCAUUCUGUUUGUUAAUUGGUCAACUUUGAAGCUGUUAUUGUUAAUCUUAGGGGAGAUUUCAGCAGGAACAAUAGUUGAUUCAUAACAAUCAGCAUAUAAUUCCUGUGUAAGUUUAUGAGCGAGGGCUUGUUCUGGUUUGCUUGGAUAUGCAAAUAUGGUGAUAAAACAAAACAUCUCUCUGUAUCGGGAGAGGCUGGACCAGACACUGGCAUCUCAUGAUCUUGUUGAUGACGAGACGCUUGCAGCCCUUGUCAAGAAUCAGCUCCUACACUUUUCACAAUAUGAAACUCAAGGAUAUACUGACAAUUUAUUAGAAAAAAGAACCAAGGAAGUAUCGAAUUUUCUUGACAUGUUACGGAGUGCUUCUGUAAAUGAAAAAGAGCCAUCUAAAAUCCAUGGCAAAAAACAGAGUGAAUGGAAAUUGAAACAGGAUACUGAAGACUGCCGUGUUAUGUAUCGAGAAGGACCCCAAGGCACUCCUUUUCAUACGCUACUUGUUGAAGGCUACAUGGAUGCACCAUUAGAUGUCUGUUUAUGUGUCUCAUGGGAGUCUGCGCUCUACAAGAAAUGGUGGCCUCAGUUUAGGAUUCCAACAUUCAAAAUUAUCUCUAGCAAAUGUUUGCAAAAGAUCCAAUUUGGUGAACAGAUAUCUUUAGUGAGGACAAAGCUUUCAUGGCCAUUGUCAGAUAGGGAAGCUUUUUUGCACUAUUUUGAGUUUGAAUAUUUCCAAGAUGAUCUGACCAUUGUGCUUAUAAAUUCGAUCUCUGAAUCAGAUAGCACUGAUGUUAGUUUCAAUGGCUUCACCAAUGAUGGGACACUCGAAGGAAAAGACAUGGUUAGGAUUGGCAUGGUUGGAGGUUUUGCUUUGCAGAAGGUGACCCCAGAAAGAAGCUACUUCCGGACAAUAGCUAAUAUGGAUGUGAAAUUGGACUUUGUUCCUCCAUCACUUAUCAACUUUAUCUCAAGGCAGCUCAUAGGGAACGGCUUUAGGCUAUAUCAAAAGGCAGUUGCAUCUGUGUCCAAAGGUGAUGAAGAUUUCAACAAGGCUUUGGGUGACCCACUGUAUGCUCGAAUACGUAAAGCUCUUUAUUUCAAUGGUACACUGGAGAGGAUGGUGGAACCAGAAGACAUCAAGAAUGAUGAUGCACCCAUUCUUCCUAGAGAACAUCUGAUCAAAACUGCAGAGGCUGAUCCUAAGGACACAGAUCAGAAGGUUCUAGGCAAUUACUGUGCAACUGACUCUUUGCCAGAGCGUGCACCAGCUGCCAAUCGGAAAGAUUUUGAUGAGAUUGAGGAAGAAGAGAUCAAUGAUGCAAAGCAUCAAAGCAAAACCACAGAGGAUGAUGUUAAGGAUACAGAUCAGAAGGUUAUUGGCAAUUACACUACAUCUGAACACUCUUUUCCAGAGUGUGUACCAGCAAUUGAUCAUAAAUCUUAUGGUGAAAUUGAGGAAGUCAUUGGAGAAAGCAGACACUUGGAGCAAAGUAGCAUGGAAAUAAAUCGACCUAUGACAGGUCAAAUUGAAGAUACCUGUCAAAUUGACCAUAACCACAAGGUUUCCAUUAGUCCUGCAGUUGAAAAUGCACUGGAAACGCUGGACAAAAUUAUUUCUUUGGUUCAGAAUGUUGGAUUUAAUGCCCAAUCCAGAUUUCCAUAUGGCAUUACUAAUGAAAAGCUUUCUACUAUAGGAAGGAAUGCAGAAAAGGAGUUAGUUUCCUCUAAAGAUACCAGUUGUUCAAAUGGUGGACCUUGCAUUGAAGUAUCAAAUAAUGAACUUGUGGAGAAGACUGCACAUGAUUCCAGGAACAGCUGUGGCAUUUACGAAUUGAGGCAUUUGGGUUCAAAUUCUUAUGCAAGAGAAGGAAACCACAACAGGAUAGCACCAGCAUCACCUGAGCAGAAUCUCUCAGUUCCAUUUGAGACUCACCAGGUUGCUGUGUGUUCUUCUUAUAGAGGUGAUAAAACAGAGGAGCCAAUCGUGGAUAAAAAUAAGGAGCAUAAUAAACAACUCAGCGCCGAGGCAAAUGGCAUCCAAGAAAAUAUUCUGAAUGCGAAGAAGAAGAAGCUGAAGCAGCAGAAAACAGGAUUGAUCUGUUGCUUGCCCUUCAGUUCCAGCCAGGUUGUGGCUUGAGAAAAUGAUGCCAAGGCUGCUGAGAGAAAAACACUAGUUUUGUUGCCUGUACUUGGAAUGGGAACCCCUUAACGUAUUUAGCCAAAAUUUACAUGUAUUAGGGAAGGGAGGGUGGUGCAGGAUAUGAGAAGUAACAAACUUGUUUAGAUACUACAUUUGAUUGUGUUUUUAAAUGCAAUUUUUGUUUUUUUUGCUGUCAAA